UCCCUUGUCCCCCCGCUGUGUGCUCGUCAGGCCGGGCAGUGAGCCGCUGGUUUCGCGUUUGAACGUCGGGGACGAGCGGGAGCGGGAGACCGGAGAGAAGCUCAGGUGUCCAGAUGGCGUCAGACAUUGUUGCACAGUUGGCCGACUCCCUGGCCAAGGCUGGAGUCGAGGAUGGAGAGCUGAGCUACAAAGGCCAGGGAAGAAAGCUGGAUGAUGCCCAGUCAGUGGAGGAGAUUGUGAAGCAGAUCCAGGACUUUGAGGGUUUACAGGCCCUGAGGUUGGAGGGAAACACUUUCGGGGUGGAGGCUGCACAGGCCAUCGCCAAGGCCCUCGAGACAAAGAGCGAGUUCCAGCGCUGUUAUUGGAGUGACAUGUUCACAGGUCGUCUGCGCUCUGAGAUCCCACCUGCCCUGAAUUCACUUGGUGACGCUCUGAUGCUGGCAGGAGCCAGACUGACUGUUUUAGACCUCAGUGACAAUGCCUUUGGGCCGGAUGGGGUGAAGGGCAUCGAGAGGUUGCUCAAAAGCACCGCCUGCUACACACUGCAGGAGCUACGGCUCAAUAACUGUGGCAUGGGAAUCGGAGGGGGGAAGAUCUUGGCUGCCUCAUUGAUCCAGUGUCAUAAAAAAUCCAGUGCCGAUGGCUCGCCCCUCAGCCUGAAGGUGUUUGUUGCAGGAAGGAACCGGCUGGAGAACGAUGGAGCCACCGCCCUCGCUCAAGCUUUCCAGUUGAUGGGCAGCAUGGAGGAGGUUCACAUGCCCCAGAAUGGCAUCAAUCACCCAGGUGUGACGGCCCUGGCCACAGCCAUGCAACACAACACAGGACUCCGCAUCCUCAACCUCAACGACAACACCUUCACUGAGAAGGGGGCUAUCGCCAUGGCUCAGGCCCUGAAACAUCUCCGCAGUAUCCAGGUGAUAAACUUUGGAGACUGCCUCGUGCGGCCGGCAGGGGCCACAGCGAUCGCAGAAACUGUAUCAGAGGGACUUCCAAUCCUCAAGGAACUCAAUCUGUCUUUUUGCGAGAUCACAGAAGAAGCUGCCCUGGCUGUGGCACAAGCAGUGAAGAACAAGGAUCAGUUGACGAAACUGGACUUAAAUGGUAACUGUCUUGGAGAUGAUGGCUGCAAAGCUUUGAAAGACGCCAUGGAAGAUAUGAACAUGGGUGAGCUCUUAGGAUCCCUCAGUGACGACGAGGGUGAGCUAGAGGAUGAUGAUGAGGACGAAGAUGAAGACGAGGAGAAGGAUGACGAUGAUGAGGAAGUGGAUGAGGAGGAAUUAGAGGAAGAGGAGGAGGAAGAGGAAAUCCUUGACAACAAGCCUUCUACUCCUGUGUCGGCGCCCCGGCCACCAGAUGUAUCGUCCUUCCUCAGCUUUCCAUCACCAGACAAAUUGCUCAAACUGGGGGCCAAGAGAGCGUUGCUGAUCGAGCAGCAGGUGGAUGUUAGCGAUGCUGCAAAAACAGCUGAAGCUUUCCUCAAGAUAGCGUCAGUGUACAAGGAGGAGAAUAAUGACGUGAAGAACGCAGUGCUGGACAGUAUCGAUGCUCUCCUGAAGAAAGCUUUCUCCACUCCUUCCUUCCAAGGCUACAGCUUUGUGUCAUCUUUGUUAGUGCUGCUUGGACUUAUUAAGAGCGAGGACAAAGUGAAGCCUGUGCUUGUGGUUCCCGGCCACCUCCACACCUUGGAGCACGUCGUCAGACAGGAUUACUUCCCCAAAGAGAACGUGGCCGUCCUCGAGGCCUUCAUGUCCCGGUAAGGACGUGAACGAAUGAGCCAAUCAAGAGGCAGCUUGCAGAAACGACAAGGUCCUGGACUCAUGUGGCAAUGCAAGAAACGGCCUCCAAUCAACACUGCAUAGAGUCGGGGCUGACAGCUAAAGAUUGUGGAUACACACACACACACA